AUGGGUAAGGGAAAGCCUAGAGGUCUCAACUCCGCACGCAAGCUCCGCAACCACCGCCGUGAGCAGCGUUGGGCCGACGAGGCCUUCCGCAAGAGGUUGCUCGGUACCGUCUUCAAGUCCUCCCCCUUCGGUGGAUCCUCCCACGCCAAGGGUAUCGUCCUUGAGAAGAUCGGUGUUGAGGCCAAGCAGCCCAACUCCGCUAUUCGUAAGUGUGUCCGUGUUCAGCUCAUCAAGAACGGAAAGAAGGUCACCGCUUUCGUUCCCAAUGACGGUUGUUUGAACUUUGUCGACGAGAACGACGAGGUCCUCCUUGCUGGUUUCGGUCGUAAGGGUAAGGCCAAGGGUGAUAUUCCCGGUGUUCGUUUCAAGGUCGUCAAGGUCUCCGGUGUCGCUUUGAUUGCUUUGUGGAAGGAGAAGAAGGAGAAGCCCCGCUCAUAA